CUGCCCUCGCUGCUAGGAAGGUGGAGGUGCUGCACCUCCUUCAUUGUCUGAGUGAAGGCACCGGGAGAGGAUCCUGCGCUCUGCUCAGUGUAAUCCGGUCUCUCCCAGGCGCAUGCACUCAGCCGUCCGCCAUGGCGACGUCGGGCAGCCCUCUCUUUGGCGUGAACAGCCUCUAAAACUCGUCAGGGAUCGUGCGUUUUUAUUUUGUCCUUCUUCCUGCGGGACGUGGAUGUAGUGCCUCCCUUCAUACUCUCCGUGUGGACAAGCCCCGCAUUACGGGAGAAGGGCUGGGAAGUGAGCAGAGCAGUGCAGAAUGGCAGAGUCGGAUGCAGAGCCGGCGUCAUGCGGAGCCGGACGCCGUCUUGGUGCACCGGAGACUCUGGGGAUCAGCACUUUGGACCCCGGACACCGACCCCCAGCCAUGCCCCCCGGACGACAGGUCGCCAUACGAGUCCGAAUGUUGGACGACACGGAGGAGAUUUUUGACGUCUCGCAAAAAGCUUCAGGCAAGGUCCUGUUUGACCUGGUGUGCUCCCACAUGAACCUCGUGGAGGGGGACUACUUCGGCUUGGAGUAUCAAAACCAUCAAAAGAUGAUAGUUUGGUUAGACCACAUCAAACCAAUCUACAAGCAGCUCAGACGACCGAAACAUACAAUCCUAAAGUUCAGCGUGAAGUUUUUUCCUCCUGACCACGCCCAGCUGCUGGAGGAGCUGACGAGGUACCUCUUCGCCCUGCAGAUCAAGCAGGAUCUCUGCUGUGGCCGUCUGACCUGCAACGAGAGCAGCGCGGCGCUGAUGGUCUCCCACAUCAUCCAGUCUGAGAUCGGAGACUUCGAGGAGAGUCAAUGCCGGUCACACCUCCUCAACAACAACUACAUUCCCGAUCAGAUGCCUCUGAUCGACAAGAUCAUGGACUUUCACUCCAAACACAUAGGUCAAACACCAGCAGAAUCAGAUUAUCAGCUGUUAGAAGUGGCUCGUAAGCUGGAGAUGUACGGCAUUCGGCUCCACCCUGCCAAGGAUCGAGAGCGCACCAAGUUGAGUCUGGCUGUGGCCCACACGGGUGUCCUGGUCUUCCAGCGACACACACGGAUCAAUGCCUUCAACUGGUCUAAAAUCCGGAAACUGAGUUUCAAACGAAAACGUUUCCUCAUCAAACUGAAGCCAGAUUUAAAUAGUUCAUAUCAGGACACACUGGAGUUUUUGAUGGCCAGCAGGGACUGCUGUAAGGUCUUCUGGAAGAUCUGUGUGGAAUAUCACGCCUUUUUCCGACUCUUUGAGGAGCCCAAACCCAAACCGAAGCCCGUUCUCUUCACACGGGGCUCCUACUUUAGAUUCAGCGGUCGCACACAGAAGCAGGUGAUUGAUUAUGUGAAAGAGUCUGAGUUUAAGAAGAUUCCGUUUGAAAGGAAGCACAGUCGGGUCCAACACAACAGUCGCCUGUCACCAUUGCCUUCACCGCAACACCAUCAAGUGCCAACAGAAAGCGGUGUUUCCAGCGACAGACUCAGCUCUCCUCCACGGCGGCACUGGAAGGAGUCCGUGCUGGUGAGCGCAGAGGACCCAGCAGCUUUACGCACAGCCAGAGUCAGCCCCGCCCAUCAGAGAAACGGCCACGACGACAGGACGGACUCCAUAUCCAGGACAGAGGAGACGAGGGGCUCAACGAGGCGGACCCAUCUGGAACAUCUAAACACAGGCCUGGUGUCCAACAGCCCCCCCCUCCCUGCUUCUGCUGGACACCCCCAUGGGAUGGUGAACGGUCAGAGGUCUCUGGAUUUGGGCAGUCACAGUCCCAAUGGCCGUCAGCCGUCGCCCCUCACCAGCCCGCUGCUCAAUGACGCCUGCAGUGUUCGGACCGAUGAUGAAGAGGAGGUCCGGAGGAAGAGGUUUCCGACAGACCGAGCCUACUUCAUGGCGAAGGAGCUGCUGACCACAGAGCGAACUUACCUGAAGGACCUGGAGGUGGUGACCAUGUCUUUCCAGAGUGCAGUAGGACAAGACGAGGCGACUCCAGACUCCCUGAAGGAGACGGUCCUCUCCACCUUCGAGCCUCUGCACAAGUUCCACACGGGCUUUCUCAGGGAGGUGGAGCAGAGGCUGGCUCUGUGGGAAGGACGUUCCAAUGCCCACAUUAAAGGAGACUACCAACGAAUUGGAGAUGUUAUGUUGAAGAACCUGCAAGCCCUGAAGCCUCUCACAGUGAACCUGACCAAGCAGUCCGAAGUCCUGCUGGAGCUGGAGAAGGCGUGCAAGGCGUCCCGCAGGCUGGAGAGUCUGUGCAGAGACUUUGAGCUGCAGAAGGUCUGCUACGUCCCCCUCAACGUCUUCAUCCUGCGACCUCUGCACCGCCUCGUUCAUUACAAGCAGAUCCUGGAGAGCCUGUGCAAACACUACCCAGCCACACAUGUGGACUUCAGGGACUGCAGAGCUGCUCUGGCUGAAGUGUCGGAGGUGGUGGAGCAGCUUCAGGGAAGCCUCAUAGAGAUGGAGAACCUGCAGAAGCUGCUGGAGCUGAAGAAGGAUUUGAUCGGCGUUGACAAUCUCGUUGUUCCUGGUCGGGAGUUCAUCAGGUUAGGCUGCCUCAGCAAACUGUCGGGAAAAGGCCUUCAGCAGCGAAUGUUUUUCCUGUUCAAUGAUGUAAUUUUGUACACGACUCGGGGGAUGACGUCGACCAAUCAGUUCCGAGUGCACGGGCAGCUGCCGCUCCGAGGCCUGACAAUCAGAGAAAGCGAGGACGAGUGGGGAGUGCCUUAUGCAUUCACACUGGCUGGACAGGGACAGUCGGUGGUCGUGGCAGCGAGUUCUUUGACAGAGAUGGAAAAGUGGAUGGAUGAUAUUAAGAUGGCGAUUCAGAUGGCAAAAACCAGCAACGGGCCUUUAUCUGACCUCCUGACCCACAGCUUGGCAGACAGCAAAUGCCCGGAGGACUCCUCGGUGGAGGCCGAGUCCGAGGACGACAUGACAGCUUCGCACACCUCGCUGGAGAAGCCGGCUCCUCACCGUGGUAACACCAUGGUGCACGUGUGCUGGCACAGGAACACCAGUGUGUCCAUGGUGGACUUUAGCAUAGCUGUGGAGAAUCAGCUCUCAGGAAACUUACUGAGGAAGUUCAAGAACAGCAACGGCUGGCAGAAGCUUUGGGUGGUCUUCACCAACUUCAGCCUGUUUUUCUACAAGUCACACCAGGAUGAUUACCCUCUGGCCAGCCUUCCUCUGCUGGGUUACUCGGUCACCAUCCCCUCCGAUAACGAAAACAUCCAUAAAGACUACGUCUUCAAGCUGCAUUUCAAGUCCCACGUCUACUACUUCAGAUCAGAGAGUGAAUAUACGUUUGAGAGGUGGAUGGAGGUCAUCCGCAGCGCCACAAUCCCAUCAAGUCGCGGUCGUGUCCUGAACAGCAAAGAGCCCCAUUCUCUCUGAGAUCUGUGGAGUCUGCUCCACAUUUUUGCUUUUUCACAUUUGUACAUGCGUCCAUGCACAUUUUGAGCUUUUUAAUGCUUUAAUCGGGUUAGACUGCAUUUUUAACUCUAAGCCUCUUUUUAAGGAUGUCAUUUUAUACUGUUUUCUAACGGUGCAACCACUUCCGAUUUUCCGGUUUUACUCAUUGGUUGUUUUUACACUGAGAAUACAGCAAUUUUGGGAUUUUUGUUUUCUCCUUUUAUGCUCAACUCUCGCUACACUUUCAUCAUUUUGCUCACCUAAGAGAAAACUGCUGCUUUGAAAAUGUCCUUUAACUUCAGUGCCAUACUGGUUUGUAUCGAUGAUCCGGAGAUUUUGAAGGAUCUAUGUAGUGCCAAAAGACUUUAAAAUCGGAUAAAAUCGACCAACUUUUGAUGGUAAGAGCUCCACCUUCCCAGGAAAAUGUACGCCAAUUCAAAUAGGAAGAUGAAAUGAUUUUAUUGUUGGAGUUUUCUGCCGUCGCCACUAAUGCUGUCUUAAAUACAAAACACCUAUUUGCUGAUUUUUAUUCUGUGAGAAUCAAUGUGAUGUUUGUUCAUAAUCACUGUAUUAUGAAGGAAAGUUUAAUGAAAAGUUUUCAGAUUUGUGCGUGAAGAAAAAUAUUGAGUCUCAGUUCUGAGCGUGAUUGAAGUCAGAGAGCCGGAAAGAGAAAGAUUUUUUGUUUGUUUGUUUUUUUAUGGAUGUGAAGAAAUGGAAAUGAAAUGUUAUGAGAGGAAAACCCUCAGUUCUGCUUGAAGCUGCCAUGUUUAUUCAAAAUGAGAGAGAUUUUUUUGGAAGUGAAAGCAAUAAAAAGAACAUUUCUCAAGCAGA